UUCACGCGAGACUUGGGAGGGUUUGGGAACGCAGUGCAGGAAGAAUCGUGCGCUGGGGAAACCCACGGCGGACGCUGCUCAUUCCCAAUUUACGCUUCCAAAUGAAAGAUUCCUCUUUGUGCGCUGAGACUCAAACUGCACACGGAUCCACGACGGAGCUGCACAUUUGUACCGGAUCAAGCUCUCACAUCGACCACGUCUGAGAUCGUCUUUAUUUAUUGAUAUUGCCAUCGCCAUAGCCAGCUACUCCCAUUGACAAAGGACGAUAACUUGUUAACAACUUGUUCGCCUGUUUUUUUGCGGGGCUGACUGUUCUGCUGGAAUGUCGCAGAAAGAGAGACCUACUUUCUACCGACAGGAGCUCAACAAAACGAUAUGGGAGGUCCCGGAGCGCUACCAGAGUUUGUCUCCAGUCGGAUCUGGUGCCUACGGAACCGUAUGCUCCUCGUACGAUGUGAAGACGGGGCUGAAGGUGGCGGUGAAGAAGCUCUCGCGCCCGUUCCAGUCCAUCAUCCACGCCAAGCGCACAUACCGUGAGCUGCGUCUGCUCAAACACAUGAAGCACGAAAACGUGAUUGGCCUGCUCGACGUGUUCACGCCUGGGACCAGUCUGGAGGAGUUCAACGACGUGUACCUGGUGACCCACCUGAUGGGGGCGGACCUCAACAACAUCGUCAAGUGUCAGAAACUGACCGACGACCACGUUCAGUUCCUCAUCUACCAGAUCCUGCGUGGGUUAAAGUACAUCCACUCGGCCGACAUCAUCCACAGAGACCUGAAGCCCAGUAACCUGGCUGUGAACGAGGACUGUGAACUAAAGAUCCUGGACUUCGGGCUGGCGCGGCACACGGACGAGGAGAUGACGGGGUACGUGGCCACGCGCUGGUACCGCGCCCCCGAGAUCAUGCUCAACUGGAUGCACUACAACAUGACAGUGGACAUCUGGUCGGUGGGCUGCAUCAUGGCAGAGCUGCUUACUGGAAGGACCCUGUUUCCCGGCACCGACCAUAUCAACCAGCUGCAGCAGAUCAUGCGUCUGACCGGGACCCCCCCCGCCUGCCUCAUCAGCAGGAUGCCCAGCCACGAGGCCCGGAACUACAUUCACUCCCUGCCGCAGAUACCAAAGAGGAACUUUGCGGAUGUGUUCAUCGGGGCUAAUCCACACGCGGUGGACCUGCUGGAGAAGAUGCUGGUUCUGGACACGGAUAAGCGGAUCACGGCGUCGGAGGCGCUGGCCCACCCGUACUUCACCCAGUACCACGACCCGGACGACGAGCCCGAGGCUGACCCCUACGACCAGAGCUUCGAGAGCCGCGAGCUGGAGAUCCAGGAGUGGAGACGACUGACCUAUGAGGAGGUGAUGACCUUUGACCCCCCGGUGUUUGACGGAGAUGAGAUGGAGUCAUGAGCCCCACCCCCUUCCCAUCAGCCCCUGGGGCGCUGAGGCCUCAUGCCUCUGGACCUUUGACCUUUUUACAAGUGCCUGCUGCCACUCACUGAGGGGGGCGGUGUCUGCGGACUCGUGCCCCCCCCCCCCCCCCCCCCCACUUUACAGCAGGGUGUUGUGGGUAAAACAACUUCGCUUCUGUCUCAGAAACUGGGACAAGAACUUUAGCAAUGGAAAACGGGGGGGGGAAAGGUGUUUUAUGUUCUGUGUUUUUACAGAUUCUUAAAUUUACAGGCCGAAUGUUGUUGCUGGUUGUUCCAAUUUAUUUCAUUUUUUAUUUCAUCUUGUUUUAUUGCUGGGGGAAAAUGCAUUUCAGUAUUCACACGGGAAAUACAGGCAAUCGGGUCAAACAAUUCCCACAAUUCCAUCAUUUGCUGGCAGUUAUUUUUUAAAUGUCAUGUUGCUCUUUUGACGUUUUCCUUCAUAUGGAUUUUUCCAAAACGAGAAGAUAAAUGUUUUUCCUUCUCCAGUUAUGGAGUUCAUAAAAGAGAAUGUUGCCGAUCAGUGAAUAGACUGUGAGUUGUUUUAAAAUAGCAUUUUUGUGUGAAAGUUCCAGCUAUGCAGACAAAAACGUGCACACUGCCCUCUGCUGCAAUGCAUCUUGGGAGGCAGGAAAAAUGUGAAUUUAUGUUUUAACAUUGACUAGCCUUCGGUGCAUGUUGGCCUCUCCACAAAUCCGAUCCCAGACGCGGUUAUACCUGGGUGCCAUCGCACGGAAGAUGUGUGUUUCUGCGGUAAAAUGCCACAGCCUUGGUUAAUCUGUGAUGCAGUCUGCCACUACACCGUGGCUUUUUAAACACUAGCAGCACAAGAGCACAAACUUCGGGACCCCCCCCCCCCCACAUUUACUAGUGAGAGCACAGAUUUGGCGAGUAACAUUCUGAACCAAGGCAACAUUGGCGUCAUUAACAAAACUAAAAUCGAAAUCUAUUCCUCAUCUUCACGUGACUUGUACACAAGACCCAUUCCAUUUAACCAUUUACAUAUCGCGCUUUACCCCAAACUCUGCUGUUACAUAUCAUACAUUGGUGUGAGCCAAGAAUGCAUUUUCCCUAAUAAAAACAUAACAAAAAAGAAACUUCCAGUCAAAACCAUUUGGGUGGCUCCAGCCAAUCAGGCUACAGUUACAGUCAUUCAGUGAUGGAUUUGAUUCACCUGUACCUGUAUUUAUUUACAGCUCAUUUACAGGUGGAGAUCUAAACAGGAAGUACAGAGCAGGAAGUACUCUGAGUCAGUCUGUAUAGUUGGCAAGUUUGAACACACACUCCCAUUUGACCUGUUAAAAUGCAAACAUGGGUAGCGGAUCAAACCUUGAUUUUUGAUAUCCGUUAACUGCGACUCCUAGUUUUCACAUUUUUCAUACACACAAGCUCGUCUUGGUCUACUUGCAUGUUGGGAAUGGCACUGCAACAUAGAAACUACACUUGGAGUCAUCAUGGCAGUAAACGUUUUGCAUUUGACCAGCUAUAGUUGAUUGUUUCUGCCUCUUUGUAAAAGUAAUUUGAGGCACAUUUAACAAGUCUGCACGAGGAAGGGAACAAAGGGAAAAGGGCUUUUUUUUUCUCUCUUGUGGGAUUGAAAGCUGCAGUAAUGUACAACUCCUCUAGGUGGCGAAAAAAGGGCCAUGUUUCCUCCGACUUUGAGGGACUCUGGCUUUCGAGAUUUUUCCGGAUCCGGAGAUGGGCGCUUGUCCUGACGCCUGCUCAAAAAAGUGGUAAUGCUAACUGAGCCACGGUCUGUUACUCUCGACGAGGUGUCAAAAUACUUCUCCUUACCUUGCCGAAAAUUCCAGCUUGCACCAGCCUAAGCUGACCAAGCUGUGUUUCUGACGCUUCUCGCUGCUUUUACCUGGUUGGUUCACCCAGUGAGCAUCCUAUAGUCAUCUAGUCCACCAGUUUGACCGGCUUACUCUACCGGUUUAACCAGGUUGACCAGUCAUUGACCAGCUAUGACCAGGCAGCAACAGACCAGCUAUGACCAGCUAGAAGUGUGAAGAACGCAUUUUAAAGCAUCCUAAAAUCCCAGCUUGACUUUGCUGGAUUUUUUCAGCAAGGUAAUGUAUAAUGAGGCACUCAGAUCCCCAAGCUCAUAACAAGGAGAAUGUUUUAUGAAAAUUAAAAUGACUUCGGGAUGUACAUAAAUGUAUUGGGUUUUAUUGCGUUGUCCUGGUGACUGUGUGUCCAUGGUGAUAUAGUAUUACUUGAUUUCAUAAAGCAAUAUCUGUAUCGAGCAUGACAUGACGUGUGUGGGGGGAUGUUUUUGUGUCUGUGCAUGUUUACAAGCGUUCGAAGGGUAAUGUUGAAACCACACAUUGUAAUGUCUUGUAAAAAUGGAAAAAAAGGUAAUGGUAUUUAUAACCUGGUGCGGCAAAAGGAAAUGUGUAGUGUAUGUUGAAUGAUUUGUUUUUCCCUUUAAGAUGUACUCUUUCAUUAUUGCAGGAGAACCAGACGUGAUUUUACAUGCGUUACCAAUUCUCAUUUUAACAGAGCGCAGGCUGAAGUCCCUGUAAAUACCACUGUGUAAAAAACAAAAACAAAAAAUAAAGUAAUAAAAACUAUUAUUUUUCAAA